AUGACAGAUCCAUCUUCGAUAUUUCUUCACGCGGAGCUCUUGCCAAACAUUCGACAGCUCACGGUUCACGUUUCUCUCCCGAUUUCGUCCACGAGUAUCGAUCUCAGAGCAUCGACUAUUACCCUCUCCGAGUCUCGACGCGCGAUUACUGUGUAUACCGUCCGUGGAACUGGCGACGAGAAGGAGGAUUUAUUGGAGACUCUCAAAUUGCCUGCUCGCGUCACCGAAGCAUCUCGACGAAACCUCACGUUCGCGGGACAUCAAGUAGACUCUCUGGGAGAUAGUAACAGCACAGAAUACUCGUUCAGGCUACAGGUUGACGACCAUGACACUACUUUGAUGAGGGGAAACAACGGCUUGCACGAAGAUGAUUUUGUGCCUUGGACUGCAAAGAACAUGUCGCCACAUUCUGUGCUGCAUUGCCGAUCUUGUAGCCAGGAAAUCCUAGGUCGUCUGCAACAAGAAGAAGCCAGCUCCUGGGCAUGGAAAGAUCUUCCCAGCGGAAAUUGGGCAGAAAUGAUGGACUUUUGGCACUGUCACAAACCAGACGUGCACGUGGACGAGAAAGACCAGCAAAAGGUAACAGACGACCAGAAUGCCUCGGUCAAGGGGUACGGUGCGUCAAACCAGGUUGUUGCUCUCCCAGGGACAGUUCUGGUCGAUGUCGCAUCUUUUCUGGUGGCAGAGAGCGACUGCUACAAUAUCAAACGGUCCCAAGUGCCUGAACCAACAUCUCGAGGCUUCUCGUCUAAUACGACAAGAGCAAAUAUAGACUGUAAGCGAUGCGGUGCCAUCGUAGGAAUGGAAGACCCUGCAGCAGACGGGUUAAGACUGUACAAGAGCAACAUAUCAGUACGGCAUUCCCAGGCUCAAGACGCAACGUACGAGUCAUAUCCCACGGAGAUGAUCACAAGUGCCCAACUACUGGAGCUCAUUAACCGUGAGGGCGUGCGGCGGUUUGUCAUUCAUGCAGGUCAUCAGGACGGCAUUUUGGUAUGGGCAUUCAAUCCCGAUCUCCGGUACUCCAGCACGAGCGCGGACCACAGCAUCGUCACCAGACGCGCCAUGAAGGUGCUGUAUCAGGAGCUGGCGAAUGUCGAGGAGAUCCUCGAGCCCGAAAUGGGCACCGCUGUCCCACUGUCGCUCGAGGAGCUAUUCCUGCCUGCCGCCAUAUAUGGAGAGCUGAUCGAGUCGCUCAAGCAGAGCACUGGGGUUCUUCCAGCGUCAGCGAGGAUCUUUCGAGAAUGGAAUGUCGCAUUUUUGAGCCGAUCAACAAUGGCGGCAGGUCAGAUACAACACAGUACACAGAAAACAACAAUGAUGCCAGACAAGGAUGAGGCCAUCGCAUGGGAGCAUUCCUCUUCAGCGCCCCGUGAUUAUUCCAAGCUUCUCGAGGAGCUUGAAGACGAAGAGUUUCCAGACUCCCCUUGUUCAUACCACAUUGAAGAUGUCAAUCGCGCUUCGCCAAACGACUCGGCCUCAAUCAUCAGCGAUUCUGUCGACCCAAUGUCUACCGUCCCAGAGUUGUCGGUAUCAGAAUCAUCCUCGCCGUCCGACGAGUCAUCAUACGAUCCCUGGAGCUGGAGGGAUGCCGACGACAUACCCACCCGACCAGCCAGCGCAUUUUUCUUGCAAGAUUUUCCACCUCUAGUCAGAUGUCGUGAAGACCCGGCAAUGGGUCACCCUGAGGAUAUCAUAAUACUAGAUUUCGAUGAUGACCCCACGACCCGACACUGGCAGCUCUGGAACACAAACGGUGACGAGGGCACCACUUCACAGGAGUGGAGCAGAUCAAGCUCAUUUUCAUGCCUGGAGGCACAUGCAUGCAAGGGCGAUGAAACCUGGCCGAUUAUAUCCAACGAGGCUGCAUACCGAGCAGACGAAUCGACCUUAAUUGGACAAUUGUUAGAUAAACCCCACACUUCGGAGCACCUCACGCAUCUAAUCUGA